AUGGCAAAGCCUCCAAAUCCAUCGGAAAUUCCUCCUCAAUGCUUGGGUGAAACUGGGGCUUUGAGUUUGAAACUGCCAACUGACGAGGAAAAACAGGAUUCAUUGGCAUUAGAGGAUACACUCUUAAAAAUGGAUAUAUUUGAAGACGAAAGUGAAAUGUUUCAAAGGCGGUUGGCUCUUUCGCGUUUGCAGAAAAUUUCGAAUAACUGGAUUUUCAAAAAGGCACUAGAACAGAAAAUUCCUACCCAUAAUGCUCGCAAUACACAAGGCAAAGUUUUUACCUUUGGAUCUUAUCGUCUUGGAGUCAAUUUUAAGGCUGCUGAUAUUGAUGCCCUACUUGUUGUUCCGCGCUUUAUUACACGAGAAGACUUCUUCGGCGAUUUUCAAAACGUUUUAUUGGUUGAGGAUUGUGUGGAGGAUUUAGCGGCAGUUCCUGAAGCUUUUGUCCCUGUCUUAAAGAUGAAACUGCUUGGCGUUGAGAUUGACUUGCUCUUUGCGCAAGUUGAUAUGAUGACGAUUCGUGAUGAUUUUAGUUUGUCCGAUAAUACGGAGCAACUCCUUCGCAAUAUGGAUGAACGAGAUGUUCGUAGUGUUAACGGCGUUCGGGUUACUAAUGAUAUACUUGAUCUUGUCUACCAGAAGGAAGUUUUUAAGAAAUCUCUUAAGGUGGUUCGUUUGUGGGCUAAGCGAAAGAACAUCUAUUCGAACGCCUGUGGGUUCCUUGGUGGUGUAAGCUGGGCUAUAAUGGUGUGCCGUAUCUGUCAGCUAUAUCCAAUGGCUUAUCCCUCUUUAAUUGUAUACACGUUCUUCCGUAUAUAUAAGGACUGGCCGUGGCCAAAACCUGUCAGACUUCGUGAGUCGGAACAUAUUUCAUCAUUGGGUUUACCAGUUUGGGAUCCUCGACACAAUCCUUCUGAUCAAUUGCAUCUUAUGCCGAUUCUCACCCCGAGUUAUCCUUCUCAAAAUUCCACAUACAAUGUUCAAAGGAGUAAUAAAAUCGUAAUUGAACGCGAAUUCAAGGAAGCUUUUGACAUAACAAGGGAUAUAGUUCUCAAGAAACGUCCUUGGUCUGAUCUCUUUACACCCUCAUUUUUCUUCACCUACCGACAUUACUUGUGUGUAAUUGUCGGGGGUAAUGAAAAACGGCCUUUUAAGGAGCGCUGUGGUUUAGUCGAGUCUCGACUUCGUGUUCUUGUCAGCAACCUUGAGAGCAUUCGAUAUGUUCAGUUGGCUCAUGUCAACUCUCGCUCUUAUGGCAGAGGUCCUAAAGACGAGGAGGCAGAAUUCAUCAAGAAGUGGUUCAUUGGAAUUGUGUUUGGUGAUGAUCCAGCCCAAUCGACUUCAGUGAAUCAUUUGGCUACAAACCACACGAAUAACAACAAUUCUACUGAUAGCCAAUCCUCUGAUCAUCACAGAGUAAAUGUGGACUUAACAAAGGAGGUUCGCAGUUUUGAACAUGCUUUGGAAAGAGGCACUUCAAGUGAAUUAACUCCUAGUGUUGUUGUCACUAUAAAGCACCUUAAAAGAAAUAAUCUUGUCGAUGUAUUGCCACCAGAAGAAAUGGCGAUUGUUCGUAAGCAUAAAAAAGCUAUGGCUGUGAAAAAGGCAAUUAAGAAUCUCACGGAGACCCCCUCAUCUCGUAGCCAAUCUCCUCAAAACGACAAUCAUUCGAAUUCUUCUAAUCAAGCUCAAAAUUCACCGAACAAUGUGCUGUCGACUGUUACACCUGAGAUGCCUAAACCUUCUACGAUCGCUAAGGAUUAUAGUGCUGUUGAAUUUCCGAAUGAGGACAUGACUGGUCAACCCAAUGGAAUUAAACGUCCUUUGCCGCAGAAUGAUUCAGAUUCACCUAAACGUACCAGGCAAGUAUCACCGCAUUCUAUCGACGCUCCGGUUACCGAGGCAGCUUCGGGAUAUCAACAGCCAAAGGUCACUUCAAUAGAGGCAAGUUUACCUCUCUUCCUCAUUUUCCGUUAA